GCCAGUCAUGCCGCACCGGCCGCCAUGACGCCGCCGCACAGCUUCGCCAUCCGCGACCUGCUGCCUGAAGCCACCUCGCGGUCACCUUCCCCUGCACCCUCAGACUCCGACGAACUCGACGUCACUGGCACCGGCACCCCACCACCCACCACUUCAACAGACGAAAAGAAAAAGAACGAAAAACCAGCCUACAGCUACAACGCCUUAAUCAUGAUGGCCAUCCGAAGCAGCCCAGAAAAGAGACUAACCCUAAACGGAAUAUACGAGUACAUCAUGAAGAACUUUCCCUACUAUAAGGAGAAUAAGCAGGGCUGGCAGAACUCGAUACGACAUAAUUUGAGCUUGAACAAGUGCUUCGUUAAAGUGCCGCGGCAUUACGAUGAUCCCGGGAAAGGGAACUACUGGAUGUUGGACCCGUCGUCUGACGAUGUGUUCAUUGGAGGCACGACUGGCAAGUUAAGGAGGCGGUCUACAGCGGCCUCGAGGUCUAGAUUAGCAGCGUUCAAGCGCGGCGCGAUCCUGCACCCGAUGUUCGGGAACCCUUAUGCGUCACUGGUGGGGUUGUACCCGCCGCUGCUGUCUGUGUACGGGCGGUACGCAUUGCCAAGUCCGCUGCUGAGGCUGCCGCCGCCCCCCAACCCCUACCACCAGCUGUACCGACGGAUCCACGGGCUGGCGCCGCCGGUGAGCCCGCCGGACCCGGACUCGGACUCGCCGAUCAUGAAGCACAGUUGAUAGACUAGUUCCUGGUGGUAGCGCCUCCUGGGAGUACCACAGGGUACCCCCCUGCAGGCGGAGGGUUGAAGACUGUUGUGAUGGAAGUGUUUCAGACUGUGAUAGGUGCGGACAGACGAGUGUAUAAUUAUCGAAUUUGAAUCUGUAAAAAGUGGUAUCGCUAUUUAUUAUUAUCGUAAGAUUCUAUUUAAUGAAAUUAUUAAGUUAAGAGGCUUAAUUUAAGUUUAUUGAGCAAUAAAAUGAGUUUCCAAGCGGAUGGCUUAUAAUGUCUA